UGAAUUCCCAUCUCUAUUACUUGGAGUAACCUUCUGACUUUUAUGAUUCUUUUUAGGUUAACCAUUUUUAAAUAUUUUUAUUUAAAAAAUGUAUAAUGUUAAAGGGCCCAGUAAGUUCGUAGCAAAGACAACUAGAAGAGGUCUUCCACAAACUAUAGACAAUUUAAGAGAAUUUAAUAAAAGAGUCCCAGAAAGUGAAGAGAACGACUAUACAAAUGGCCCAAAACCAGUAUUUCACAAAAAGUCAGCCACCUCUAGUCCAAAACACAAGAAUCUUACACCCCAGCAUGAGGAGAUUAUAAAUUUUAUUCAUGAGUCAUGGAAUUCAGUGUGUGCAGAAUUUGAUCAGGAAAACUCAGAAUUACAUGAAGGUGAGUCCUCAACAAUAUGUUACUAUGAGGAAGAACCUUGCCACUCCCUUGAAAACUUUAGACCCUUUGACUUGGAAUCAUGGUGGGGAAAGAGGCUGUUUGCUUAUGUAACGAAUCCAGAAACGCAGCAAAAUUAGACUUAUUAUCAGUUUCUUUACAGGUAUAUUUACACAAAGACAUCAUAUUUUAGAUUUUUUUUAUUUUAUUAGACAUUUGUUACCAUUUUAUGCAGUUGUUUUAUUUGCAUGUUAUUUGUUAAAAUAAAAUUUUUAAACGAA